CAGGCUGCUGCUGUUGCGUAAUUCGUGAGAAUGGACAAAGAAGACGACUUUGUCAUCCACACGGAGCAUAAAAGACAAAGACUGGAGGUUGCAACCGAUGGCAAUGGUUGCUGUGAUGUGACCUGCAGAACACAUUCACACGGCUCCAGCCUUCCAAAAGCUGAACCCCCCAAAGACUCUAAGACAGAUGCAAUGUGUGACGCAGUUAAAACUACAAAUUUUAUGGGUAAAAUAGGUGAUGCUGUGAAACUGUGCAAGCACGUGACUGAAGAACCUCGUGACGCUGUCAAGUUCUGGCCUGGCCGCAGCACUGCGCCUAUGCCUGAAGACACCAGGCAAAUGUUGCACAUUUGCAAUAUAAUUUAUAAGCACUAUAUAGAGGCAAGCGAAGAGAAACGUUUACAAGACAACAAGGGCACACAGUCUAGUCACAUCAUUUGGAACCUGCCUGAAACAAAUGAGUUGCCAGAAGUGAAAUGUAAAAUAGAAGCAGUGCAUGAUGAAACACAAACAAAAUACGAGGGUCAGAUCGAUGCAUCUACUGAAAGUAUAAUAAACAGUAACUUCACACAGGGUGGUGUAAAUGGUUUACAACUUUCUGAAAAAGGAAACGAUAAUGCAAAAGACAACAUGUUUUCCAGUAAAGAAGAAACUGGUAAUGUAAAUAUUGCUGACGAAAAUUACAGCAAAAGUUGUUGCCUGCCUGACAGCGCAGAUAUUUGUACAGCAUCGCAGGAGCCAAGGGCACCCACAAUUUCACCACAAGACCGUAUUUCUACAUCAUCUGUUAAUAUGGAAACCAACACAGUUACCAAUGGAUCAAACCAGAACCAAAGUGGCAAGGAAGCCCAAAUGAAUGGACUUGAUCGUGUCAACAAAACACAUCAAGUGGAUGAUGAAAAAGUGUGCAAACAGCUACAUGAUAAAUCUGCUGAUGCUGCUGCAAUCAGUUCAGUUAGCUUAUUUAUGUCUGAAACACAUAUGGGUAUUACCAAUAUACAGAAAAUAAGUGAUAUUAAAUACACAACAGACCCAAACAAACCUAUUCAAGAACUUGGACAGCUCAAAGUGCAAUUGCCAUCAAAUCUAAGUGAACGAUACUGCAGUCAAGAUAACAUAUUUAUUCCAUCAUGUAGCGUGACUCGUGUUCCAAUUCUCACUCUAAAUUUUGAGAAAAAUAAUGCUCAUCCAUCAAACACUGUGGAGCAAGAAAACAUCUUGGUCACCAGCAAAAACCCUGAUGUAACUACUUCAAACAAUAAUAGCAACUCACUCUCUGAAAGCAUUGAUGAUAUAAGUGUGGCUGAACAAAAUGAUAUCAACUUAAAACCCAUCACAACAGACCUCUGUAAAGAUGGCAAUAUCGACGAAGCUCAUGAAGGUGUGGACUGCAGUGUGAGUUCCGGUUAUUCAACAGGCAACAUUUAUGUGGGUAAAACAUCACCAUACCUGGUUAAUGAAAACAACAUACAAUGUGACUUUGUGAAUAAAAAUGCAUUAAUAAAUAAAACGUCAAGUUUUUACCGUAGCACUAAAUUCAACGGCGGAUGUAUCAAUGCAAAUGUAAACCCAUGGCAUCUCGUAGGUGACCACUUCGUCAUGCACAACGCGGAAGAUUUAAACUCUGAUUUUUUAUUUGCACAGGAUUCCCACAAAGCAGCUAUAUGUGCUGAAGAUUGUGAAGGAGAGAUCUACCAUGAGUCCAACCACGCUAAAUUACUCACUCUGAGUAAUAAGGAUCUUAACAAUGUGAGUGUGACGCAAAUUGCCCAGAGCAAGAGUGUUGCUAUCCAAAGUUGUAAGUGUUUACCUGACUUAAACUUAAACAGCAUAUGCAGUUCCUGUGUAAGAAAUGUCCCUCCUUUCAGUGAUCAAAGUAAACUUUACAAAGUAGAUCCUGAAGAUAUGACUUCAUGUCAAGUGGUGUGUGUGAAAGAUAAAUUAGAUAUAUCUUGUGCAAGAAAAUUCAGAGAUGUGGAUGAUAGGAGCACAACUGGAGGACAGAGAGAAAUGCACAUUGAAGGGUUAACAUCGGGUACAAACACGUUUUUGGAAACCAAAGAAGCAGUACAUGAACAAGACGGCGGGAGCACAAGAUAUGAUUUUAUGAAACGCAACGAUCAAAGCAAAAACAUUGUCUUAUCCGGUGCAGAUAGAAAUGAAACGGAUCCAAUUAAUCGUGCAAAAUAUGUUGAUUAUUUAAACCAAGAGCGUCAUGAAGUAUAUUUAGUCCAAAAACUAAAUCCCACAAAGAGUAGCAUUUCAGAUGGAGAAAUAGAACCCAGUGAUGUGAAUGAGGUUUACAGUGAUCCUAUCGGCAACACAGAAGUGAACACACAUGCAUCAGAUUUAAUAUUGAAAAGCAAGAACAUUAAAAGAAUUGGGUUUGACAAUUUGUGUUUGUCAUAUCAACUUGAUGACAAUUUUAUAGAUGAAUCCUGUAUUUAUGACUAUAACACUAAAAUAAUAAACGAUGAUGCUUUCACAAGGCAUACAGAUAUUACCAAACUGUCAAUACAUUAUACGAAUAACAACAUAUUUUCAACUGGCAGUAUCAUUAGAGGGAGUGACUCGGAGGCAAAAGGCAUGACAGAACCUGGCUUACAGCAUACACCACACGCAAGAACCGAUUGUAUACAGUUACACCCCGAUGAUUCAUUGGAAGUGAGGGAAGCGUUUAUUUUGGACACGAAUGAAAAAAUAACACAGAUUGUUCCAUACCAUAAUUCUCCUUUGGAAACUUCCAGCGCACCAAUAAAUGAUGCAGCAUCAAACCAUGAACAGAUUGUACCAAGCUAUGAUUCGGAGUAUUCAGAAAUUCUUUGUGCACCAGAAAACAAUGCAGAGUCGAACCAAUAUUCACCAAUAAACACGCUUUUUAUUAACCCUAAUACAAAAGAAUGCAUUAAUGAAAAUGGAAAAAAUGACAAGUGCAACAAUAUCUUAAGAAUGGAUCCUCCCAUUAUAAAAGACAUGUUACCAAUAGAUGAAUGCGAUCAUCUGGGCAAAACACAACCGUGCUGUCAGUAUAAGAAAUUAUUUAACAUUGUGAUUGAAGAGCUGAAACACUUUCAUGAAGCGAACAAUGAAAUGCAGCGCAAUGAAUCUGAGCAAGCAUCCGCAGCAACCACAGAAGAUGCUUAUUUGAUUGAUGCCACUCGUAGUUACUCAAUAACAGCAGCGUGCAGCCGUGUGCAACAGCCAGAAGCCAUCCUACCAGACGUGGAGCAUUUUGGCUUGGACAGGAAACCCAGAGCCACCGUUUCUACAGUGUCACCGCUGACAUGUGAUCUGUCCGGACAGGAAGAUGAUGCAAGUAAUGUGUUCUCUCCUAUCAAAGGAGACCACCAAUGGAAAUCAGCAUAUUCCUUUACAUCACCUGCAUAUGAUGAUCAUCAACAGCCUUUGUGUACAGGAACUUUGCCAAAAGAAGAUGUACCGGUGAAUAGAGUUGCUCCGCUAAACACUUGCACUGGACUCCGCCGACUAGGCUUAUCCAAAUACGCAAAAGUAAAACGGCUGCAUCCAUACCUCAACUAAUAUUAUUCUCUACUUUACACUCCCUUUAGUGGCUCUAGACCCAGAUUUAUAUUUUCUGCAUUCCAUAUAUUGUGAGUUACCAGCAGACCUGUUUUCAAAUGCUCUUUCUGAGUGAAGUUUUGGACAUUCUCGGACAGAUCAUUUUCUCCCAUAAGCUAGGAUUGAACAGCAUUUACUGGAUGUACAAGUAUAAGUAGCAAAAUGUGCUUGUGAAAUUAAAACACAUUUUCAUUGGACAUAAGUAAUGUGGAUACAGUAUAGUGUGGAAAUAAUGAUCUCUUUAUUUCUUGUUGCAUUAUCUUGAAGCGUUAAUCCAUAUAUUCAUAUACUUCUCAUUAUGUCGUUUUGUGGUGUUUUAUUCAUGUUACACUUAUCCCAUUAUUAUUUAAAUAAUUAAUCCUUUAACAUGCUAUUUUACCUUGGAGAGCCUUACUGAGUUUCAUGACUUUUUCAGGAGGGUCGUGCCAUACCUUCGCAACAAUGGUGAAUAAUUUGCGUACAUUUUUAAAUUGUGACAAAUUUAGACCAUUAACCAUAAUAACAUGUUUUUUUUACUAAAUGUGUCGUUUAAUGUACAUUGUGAUGACAUCACCUUUACUCUAACCCAAAAACACCAUUGUUAUGGAUAAUAUUCGUCGCGAAAGCCUACGUGUUAGACCAUUAAGCUGACACACAAUAGCCUACACUUGUGAAUUAAUGACAUCACGAAAUUUUUUACAUCCACUGUGAAGCAGGCGACAUGUCGUACGGUAUAUUUAUGGCUUAUAUGCCCACAAUAUUAAUCAGGGAGGCCACUGGAUUCAAACCGUAAAACCUCCACAACAAGCGGUGAAUACGCUCCCGCUGGGCCAUCUCACCGCCCACGUAAGUGUCUUAUGUUAAUGCAGAAUAUUUCCUUCGUUCUGAGAUCUCAAUGUAUGUAUUAUGUUGACUUCUUUUCGCACCGUACGAAGCCAACCGUGCUAAUCGGAGGUGUGGGGGAAGGUCAACAGUUAGGACAUAUGUCAAUUUGGAUCUGUUGUACCAUGUUUUGGACCUUGUUACAAUAUUUUAAUAUACCAUUUGUUAAAUGUUUAUGGAAAAUUACAAAAUAAAAUGCUUUAAAUGUUUCCCCUCUGCAUUCCCUGUGCUAAAUACAUUAUUACGAAAUAAUUAUAAGAAAACAAAAUAUU